UUCCACACCAAAUCAUCCAUCACAAACACCGCCAGCCCAAAAGAAAACUCCCAGUUCUUCAUCUCGACAAAAAGAUAAAGUUAAUAAGAGAAAUGAACGUGGUGAAACUCCUUUACACAUGGCAGCUAUUCGAGGAGAUGUGAAACAAGUUAAAGAAUUAAUAAGUUUAGGGGCAAAUGUGAAUGUGAAAGAUUUCGCAGGUUGGACACCACUGCAUGAAGCUUGCAAUGUUGGAUAUUAUGAUGUUGCUAAGAUACUUAUAGCAGCUGGAGCAGAUGUUAAUACACAAGGUUUAGAUGAUGACACUCCACUCCACGAUUCUGCUAGCAGUGGGCACAGAGAUAUAGUGAAACUCUUACUUCGUCAUGGUGGAAAUCCAUUUCAAGCUAAUAAACAUGGGGAGCGUCCAGUGGAUGUAGCAGAAACAGAAGAGUUGGAGUUGCUACUAAAAAGAGAGGUGCCUUUGUCUGAUGAUGAUGAAAGUUACACAGAUUCUGAAGAGGCUCAGUCAGUAAAUCCUUCUAGUGUUGAUGAAAAUAUUGACUCUGAGACAGAGAAAGACUCUCUCAUUUGUGAAAAUAAACAGAUACUUCCCAGUAAAGCACCUCUUCCAUCUGCCCUGGAUGAGUAUGAGUUCAAAGAUGACGAUGAUGAAGAAAUAAAUAAAAUGAUUGAUGAUAGGCAUAUUCUUAGGAAAGAACAACGAAAAGAGAAUGAAUCUGAAGCAGAAAAGAAUAGUUUAUUUGCAAAACAGGAGAAAGCCUUCUAUCCUAAAUCAUUUAAAAGUAAAAAACAAAAGCCAUCUAGGGUUUUGUAUUCAAGUACUGAAAGUUCUGAUGAAGAAGUUCUUCAGAACAAAAAGAUUUCUACUUCAUGUUCUGUCCCCGAAUCAUCAAAUUCUGAUAUACAGACCAAAAAAGAAUAUGUAGUUUCAAGUGAACACAAACAGAAAGGCAAAGUUAAAAGAAAAUUAAAAAAUCAGAAUAAAAAUAAAGAGAACCAAGAGCUAAAGCAAGAAAAAGAGGGAAAAGAAAAUACCAGAGUAGCAAACUUGACAGUUAAUACUGCACUAGAUUGUCCAGAAAAGACCAGAGAAGAGGGGAAUUUUAGGAAAUCUUUUAGCCCAAAAGAUGAUACUUCAUUACAUUUAUUUCAUAUUUCCACUGGUAAAUCUCCCAAACAUUCUUGUGGAUUAAGUGAAAAACAAUCAACACCACUAAAACAAGAACAUACUAAAACAUGUUUAUCACCAGGAAGUUCUGAAAUGUCAUUACAGCCUGAUCUUGUUCGGUUUGAUAAUACAGAAUCUGAACUCUUGCCAGAAAGUUCAAGUGUGAAAUAUUGUAAGCAUAAGGAAAAAAAUAAACAUCAGAAAGAUUUUCACUUAGAAUUUGGUGAAAAAUCAAAUGCCAAAUUAAAGGAUGAAGAUCAUAGUCCAACAUUGGAAAAUUCAGAUUGCACACUGAAAAAAAUGGAUAAAGAGGGUAAAACAUUAAAAAAACAUAAAUUGAAACAUAAAGAGAGAGAAAAAGAAAAGCAUAAAAAAGAAAUUGAAGGUGAAAAGGAAAAAUAUAAAAAUAAGGAUGGUGCUAAAGAACUGCAGAGGAGUGUAGAAUUUGAUAGAGAAUUUUGGAAAGAGAAUUUUUUUAAAAGUGAUGAAACUGAAGAUUUAUUUUUAAAUGUGGAACAUGAGUCCCUAACAUUAGAAAAAAAAUCAAAAUUAGAAAAAAACAUGAAAGAUGAUAAAUCAACUAAGGAAAAGCAUAUCCCAAGAGAGAGGAACUGUAAAGAGCGGGAAAAGAUUAAAAAGGAAAGUGAGAAAUCUUAUAGGGAAGAAAAAAUAAAAGAUCUAAAAGAAGAGAGAGAGAAUGUACCCACAGAGAAAGAAACAGAAUUCAGUUCUUUGAGUAUAAGUGCUAAUGAUGAAUCUGUAGGACUACAGUCAGUGGAAAAGGAAAUAGACAUUGAAAAACAAGAAAAGCAUAUAAAAGAGAGUAAAGAAAAAUCUGAAAAACGGUUUCAAACUAAGGAUGUCGAGAAGACUGAAAGAAAAAAUUUUGAAAAAGAGAAGAAGACAAAACAUGAGCAUAAGUCAGAAAAAGAUAAAUUAGAUCUUAGUGAAUGUGUCGAUAGAAUAAAAGAAAAGGAAAAGCUAUAUUCACAUCACACAGAGAAAUGCCAUAAAGAAGGUGAGAAGAUCAAAAAUAUUACUACUAUUAAAAAAACUGAUGACAGAGAGAAAAGUAGGGAAAAAAUGGAUAGGAAACACGACAAAGAAAAACCUGAAAAAGAUAGACAUCUAGCAGAAAGCAAAGAAAAACACUUGAUGGAGAAGAAAAAUAAGCAAUCAGAUAAUAGUGAGUAUACUAAAUCAGAAAAAGGCAAAAGUAAAGAAAAAGACAGAGAGAUAGACAAAAAGGAAAAGUCUAGAGAUAAAGAAAGUAUAAAUAUAACUAACUCCAAACACACACAGGAAGAGAAAAAGUCAAGUACAGUAGACAGUAAUAAAGCACAACAUGAAAAACCCUUGUCCCUUAAAGAAAAAGCAAAAGAUGAACCGUUGAAAAUUCCAGAUGGAAAAGAAAAAGAUAAAAAAGAUAAGGAUAUCGAUAGGUACAAAGAGCGGGACAAACAUAAAGAUAAGAUCCAAUUGAAUAGUUUACUCAAACUAAAAUCUGAAGCGGAUAAGCCUAAACCUAAGUCAUCACCAGCAUCAAAGGAUACUCGACCUAAAGAAAAGAGAUUAGUGAAUGAUGAUUUAAUGCAGACAAGUUUUGAGCGAAUGCUAAGCCUUAAAGACCUAGAAAUAGAACAGUGGCACAAAAAACAUAAGGAAAAAAUUAAGCAAAAGGAAAAGGAACGGUUGAGAAAUCGUAACUGUUUAGAACUUAAAGUAAAAGAUAAAGAAAAAACAAAGCAUGCAUUAGCUGAAUCCAAAAAUAAAGAACUCACUAGGUCAAAGAGUUCAGAGUUGACUGAUGCUUACACCAAGGAGAAACAAUCAAAAGAUGCUGUAAGUAACAGAUCACAAUCUGUUGACACCAAAAAUAUAAUGAAUUUAGGGAAGUCAUCUUUUGUUUCAGAUAAUAGCUUAAACAGGUCUCCUAGAUCUGAAACUGAAAAGCUUGGUCUCAGCUCCAGAUCUGUAUCCAUGAUUUCUGUUGCUAGUUCAGAAGAUUCCUGCCAUACUACAGUGACAACUCCAAGGCCUCCAGUGGAGUAUGAUUCUGACUUUAUGUUAGAGGGUUCAGAAUCCCAAAUGUCCUUUUCCCAGUCACCUUUUUUGCCAGUUGCCAAAUCUCCUGCUCUUCAUGAAAGGGAAUCGGACAGCCUAGCUGACCUGCCAGAGCGAAUUAAACCACCAUAUGCAAAUAGACUUCCAGCAUCCCAUCUCAGGUCAUCUUCUGUAGAAGAUGUUAAACUAGUUAUAAAUGAGGGGAGACCUAUUGUAGAAGUUCGAAGAUGUAGCAUGCCAUCUGUCAUUUGUGAACAUACAAAACAAUUCCAGACAAUAUCAGAAGAAAGCCAUCAAGGUAGCUUAUCAGCUGUGCCAAGAGAUACUUGUCCUUCUCCCAAACCUGAGAUUUUUUCAAAUGUGCCUGAAAGAGACCAUUCAAAUGUGUCUACCAUACAUUCCAGUUUUGCAGCCUCUCCAACUAGAUCUGUAAACAACAAAUAUGUUUCAGCUGAUAUAAAUGUCAUUAAGAGUACUGCUGCAGUGGGCACUGUAGUCGACAGUCCUAUGCAUUUAGAAUCAUCUAAUCAGGUUGGCGUGAUCCAAAAUAAAUCGUGGGAGAUACCUGUUGAUAGACUGGAGACCUUAAGCACCAGAGACUUUAUCUGUCCAAACUCUCAGACACCUGAUCAGGAGUCCUCUGUUCAAGGCUUUUGUAAUCCUGAAAACAAAAUAUUGAAAGAAAAUACUGAUUUUUUAUGCCUGCACCAGACUGAUCUGCCAGGAAACUGUUGUGCUCAGGAUCCGGCAUCCUUUCUGCCUUCACAGCAACCUUGCUCUUUCCCCAGCCAAUCACUUUCAGAUGCUGAAUCUAUUUCUAAACAUACGUCUUUGUCAUAUGUUGCCAAUCAAGAGCCGGGUAUUUUACAACAGAAAAAUGCAACUCAAAUUAUUAGUUCUGUUUUAGAUACUGAUAAUGAAUCUACGAAAGAUACAGAAGAUACUUUUGUCCUAGCAGAGGUUCAAAAGACAGACGCCUUUGUCCCAGUGUACUCUGAAAGCACUAUUCAAGAAGUAUCACCAAAUUUUGAAAAGACUAAUACUUUACCUCUAUUACCAUCAGAAAAGAACUUUAAUGGAACUGAUGCCUCUGCCCAGCUAAGUACACAUUAUGCGUUUAGCAAACUAACUUACAAGUCUUCCAGUAGCCAUGAGGUUGAGAAUAGCACAACUGAUAUUCAGGUUAUUUCACAUGAAAAAGAAAAACUGGAGAGUUUGGUUUUAACUCAUUUGAAUAGGUGUGAUUCUGAUUUAUGUGAAAUGAAUGUAGGGAUGCCAAAAGGAAACCUAAAUGAACAAGAUAAUUCAAAACAUUGUCCUGAAAGUGAAAAGUGUUUGCUUUCCAUUGAAGAUGAAGAAUCUCAACAAAGCACUUUAUCAAGUCUGGAAAACCAUUCACAACAGUCAGCUCAACCAGAAAUGCAUAAAUAUAGUCAACUAGUUAAAGUAGAAUUAGAAGAAAAUAAUGAAGAUGAUAAAACUGAAAACCAAAUCCCUCAAAGAAUGACUAGAAACAAAACAAGUACAAUGGCAAAUCAAAGCAAGCAGAUUCUUGCUAGCUGUACACUAUUAUCAGAAAAAGAUACUGAGUCUUCAUCUCCUAGAGGAAGAAUAAGAUUAACUGAAGAAGACGAUCCUCAAAUUCACCAUCCACGGAAAAGGAAAGUGUCACGUGUACCUCAGCCUGUGCAAGUGAGUCCCUCCUUACUACAAGCAAAAGAGAAAACUCAGCAAUCUCUGGCAGCCAUCGUAGAUUCUCUGAAACUAGAUGAGAUUCAGCCAUACAGUUCAGAGAGAGCAAAUCCAUAUUUUGAAUACUUGCACAUAAGGAAAAAAAUUGAAGAAAAGCGCAAGUUAUUAUGCAGUGUUAUUCCUCAAGCACCUCAGUAUUAUGAUGAAUAUGUAACAUUUAAUGGAUCUUAUCUCCUGGAUGGAAAUCCAUUAAGCAAGAUUUGUAUUCCCACAAUUACACCACCACCUUCACUGUCAGAUCCACUUAAAGAGCUUUUUCGGCAACAGGAAGUUGUAAGGAUGAAACUACGUUUACAACACAGUAUUGAAAGGGAAAAACUCAUUGUAUCCAAUGAACAGGAAGUUCUGCGAGUUCAUUACAGAGCUGCAAGAACAUUGGCCAAUCAAACGCUGCCGUUUAGUGCUUGUACUGUUUUACUAGAUGCAGAAGUAUACAAUGUACCAUUGGACUCUCAGUCUGAUGACAGUAAAACUUCUGUGAGGGAUCGCUUUAAUGCAAGACAAUUCAUGUCUUGGUUACAAGAUGUGGAUGAUAAAUUUGACAAAUUAAAGACCUGUCUUCUAAUGAGGCAACAACAUGAGGCUGCGGCUUUAAAUGCUGUCCAGAGAUUAGAGUGGCAGCUCAAGCUCCAGGAACUUGAUCCCGCCACCUAUAAAUCUAUCAGCAUUUAUGAAAUCCAGGAAUUUUAUGUUCCCCUUGUUGAUGUUAAUGAUGACUUUGAAUUGACUCCUAUAUAGCAGUCAUUACUUCCUGCUGGUGUCGUCCUGAACUGAUGACGCUCAGGCGUUAUACCGUGGAACACUGCCUUUUGACAAAAAUGCUGAUGGUAUGCCUUUAUAAUUGUUCGUGAAGUUCGAUUAAAGUUGGGGUAUGUAGUAAACACUGUCAUUUUAUAAAAAGUGAAGAGAAUUAUUUUGGGUCUUAGAUCCAAACACAGUUUCUAACAGAAAACUGUUAUUUAUAUUGGUGAAAGGUAACUGUUGCAUUAGAGCACGUUGGCAGACUAUGUGAGGUAUUUAAAAAGUUGAGAGUCUAACAGCGCUGGAAGUUGUUAGCACUCUAAGUAAUGAGAUAACCACUAGUAUUCAGAUCUCUUUCAGGUUUUAUUGAAAAUAUAUCAGUAAACUAAAAGGUUCAAUUCCGACCAAAUAGUUUCUAAUGUGGAAGAAAACUUGGCACACAAUUUCUUCAGUUUAUUAUAUCUGUAAAUUAAUUGUACAGUUUUCUUUUUGAAAGUUUUAAUAUUGUCUUCCUUUUUAAUAACUUAUUUUAUACAUAUUGUGCAGAUGUAAAUCUUGUAAUUAAUGGUCAAAACGUAUACAAAGGGAUUGGUAGUCAAAACAUGUACAAAAAAAACUGUAAAACUGUUUUGUCUAAUGUUUUAUCGGACCAAAGUUGUAGUUUGUAUGGAGUGUAGUAGUAGUGUGUUCAGGUAGCAAAGCUUUUAAAUAAGGCAUGCAUGUGUUUGAGUUAGCUUGUUUUCAUCACCAUAACUGUAAAGAUUGUGACUUAGUUGUAUUGCAUGCUUCCUAUAAUUUAACUCUCUCCAUAAUGGAUGCCUGGAACAGUGUAAGACGUUUCAUGCUAGUCUCCUGUGAUAGAACCUGUGACUUACUGUGUUGGACAUAUUAUUUAGAAUUAGUCAUACAAAGAAACUUAGCUCUUUCUUCAUCUCACAGUAGAGCCUGUUUUCCCCUGGAAAAAAAAAUGCCUUUGAAUGAAAAUUCUGAAAUUGUAAAUGUCUAUUUUAAUACUCAACUAUGAAAGAAUCUGUGAAUAUAUGUAAAUAUGUUUAAUAAAUUUUAUUGGUCAUGUUAAAUCAU